UGAGAUUUAUUCUGUUCCUGACUAUGGUUGUUUACGUUAUUAACCGUUCGAAUGGCAUUUUCAACGAAUUUAAGAACUGCAAUACAAGUUCUUUGAGUGGUGUUAUAAAAUUAUUUAGUAUUGUGCGCAAUGAACAAAAAGAGUUAAACCUCAGCCCGGUACAUUCCCUUGGUGUGCCAUUCAAAACGGCCACAUUUGGCAUGGGAUGUUUUUGGGGCGCAGAAUCGUUAUAUGGAGCCACAAGAGGAGUAUUGCGCACAACUGUAGGCUAUGCCGGCGGCACCAAGGAAGGACCAACGUACCGUAAUUUGGGUGACCAUACUGAAGUUUUGGAAAUUGACUACGACCCAAACGUCAUUUCCUUCAAAGAUCUCCUUCAUUUAUUCUGGAACAACCACGAAUACGGCCUAACCACCCCCAUUAAAAGACAAUAUAUGUCACUGAUCUUAUACCACGACGAAGAGCAGAAGACAAUUGCUGAACAAUCUAAACAGGAAGAACAGAUUAAACGGGCUCCAGAGGUUAUAACUACGGAAAUUCGGGCUAAAACCAAUUUCUAUCCUGCUGAAGAUUAUCACCAGAAAUAUCGCCUGCAAGGUCAUCGUGAUUUAUGUGACACUCUAAAUUUAAAUUCAAAACUUUUACAAACCUCCUAUGUUGCUACUAAACUCAACGGUUAUUUGGCAGGCGUGGGCGGCUUUGAACAAUUCAAAUCAGAAGUGGAUUCCAUGGGGCUGACGCCGACCCAAAAGGAAUACUGCAAUUACUAUGUGGAAAAGAACGAAGGCCAAGGACUCUAUUGCUGACAGAAUGCCUGCCGGAACGGUACUUGUGGGAAGCUAGAUAUUAAGUUAAGAAAGUAUACGUCCUAAAAUUGUAUUACAGGCUCCAAACCCUACCUAUAUAUAAGCUUCAAUGUAAAGUGAAUGUAGAUUAGAUAUAAGUUCAAGAUCAUACCAUGUAUUUUCUUUUGUUCUCCAAUUAUAUUUUGUGAUUAUAGUAUUAUUAUGAUUAAUACUGUAUAUUGUGUAUGCUAUUAAAGGUAUAUAAAA